ACAAUCGUACUUUUAUCUUCAAGGACCGUGAAUGCUCACGUCUCCUCCUCCUGUUGGUAGCAAGCGACAGCAAAAUCCCAUGCUGUUGUCAGCAUGGCUCCUAAAGGCAAGAGUCGAAAACUUAAAACAGUUAAAAUUGUAGAGGAGAAAGAGGAAGGUGACGAUGACAACAAUGAGGUUGAGGAAAAAGCCGAUGAGGCUGUUGAGAAGGAUGAUGAGGAUUUCACCAUGGAGGAAGUUUUACGCUGGGGGGGCACGAAAGGUGACUACAUCAUGCUCUGUGGCAUCGAUGACUCGAAAGAGUUAGUAGGCGGUGGCAAGAAAGGUGCUAUUGAUGAUUUGGAGGAGGGAGAGCUGGAGAAAUUGAUCAACAAGCUUGGCUUGAAAGCAUAUGCAUCCCUGCAGACCAUACCUGAUGAGCUUGCGCCAAACGAGGAUGAAAUAUCAGAAGUGAAUAACAAAGAAAAGAAGAGUGAUGCCAAGGAUGCAAAGACUGUCGAUCAAGAGGCAAAGGCAGGGGGUAAAGACGACAAAAAAAAGACAAACAAGUUCAAGGAUGCCCCCAGCACCAGUGGGUCUGCUAAGAAGGUUAAACAGAAUGCUAAUGUGUUUGAGUUUAACCCCAGGACUUUGUUACUUGUAAAGCCAGGCGGCAAGUGGUACGAUCAGGAGUACACAUCCGAGACAGAAUCCGUGCCACAGGUUGACUCACUGGUUGCCCAGUAUAAAGCCCUGGCUCAGAAGCUGUAUGAGGCUGAAGUUGGGGUCUACAAAAACAAAAAGAGUAUGCAGAAGGGCGCCAACUCUGCCUGGAUGAAAGCGGUUGUCUCCACGGGAACACUCGUUGACAGGAUGGCAGCCAUGACUGUUCUCAUCCAGGACACUCCUGUUCACAGCCUGGAGCACGUGGAGAGCUUGGUCUCGUUCGUGAAGAAGAAGGGCAGCCGUCGGCAGGGCUUGAUGGCUCUGGACACGUUGCGGGAGCUCUUGAUAUCCGACCUCCUCCCAGAGAACCGCAAGCUCAGGUCGUUCUCCCAGCGCCCCUAUGACCAGCUCGAGGAGAGGGCCAGUGGCAACAGGGACGUCCGUGACCGCCGACUCCUCCUCUGGUACUUUGAGCAUCAGCUGAAGAACAUGGUGGCUGAGUUUGUGAUUGCCCUGGACGGCGUGGCUCACGACACCGUACUGGCCACCAAAACCCGAGCUCUGACCACUGCCCACGAGCUCCUGCUCAACCGGCCGGAACAGGAGCGAGCUCUUCUCAUUCAGGUGGUCAACAAGCUGGGAGACCCUGAGUUCAAAGUGGCCUCCAAGACCUCAUACCUGCUGGAGACUUUGCUUCACAAGCAUCCCAAUAUGAAGGGAAUCGUGUGCUUAGAGGUGGAGCGACUCAUGUUCAGGCCCAACAUCAACCCCAAGGCCCAGUACUACAGCGCCUGCUUCCUCAACCAGGUCAUCCUCAGCCACGAGGAGAGUGAUCUGGCCAGCAAGCUCAUCAGCAUCUACUUCUCCUUCUUCCGUGCCUGUGUCAAAAAUAAGGAGGUGGAAUCUAAAAUGCUCAGUGCCUUGUUGACGGGGGUCAACAGGGCCUACCCCUAUGCAAAGGCCGGGGACGAGAAAAUAAAGGAACAGUUAGACACCCUCUUCAAGGUGGUGCACUUGGUGAAGUUCAACACGUCUGUCCAGGCCCUCAUGCUGCUCUUCCAGGUCAUGGACUCCCAGCAGGCCAUCUCUGAUCGGUACUUUGUUGCAUUGUACAGGAAACUGCUGGACCCAGGUCUGGCCCAAACCUCGAGGCAGAGCAUGUUUCUGAACCUUCUGUACAAAUCCCUGAAGGCUGACAUUGUCCUGCGACGAGUGAAGGCCUUCGUUAAGAGGCUGCUGCAGGUCAGCUGUGACCAGAAGCCCACGUUUGCGUGUGGUGCCCUCUACCUGGUGUCAGAGGUCAUGAAGGCCAAGCCUGGCCUCAAAUUACUCUUGGAUGAAGGGGAUGAUGAAGAGGAGAAGUUUGAGGACCUUGCGGAAGAUGACGAUGAAGAGGAGAAGUUUGUUGAUGCCGAUAAGGUGGCCGAUGCUGAUACGGUGGCCGAUGUCAAGGAGGAUCAGUUAGAAGCAGCACCUGUGGUAGACAAGCCAGCUGCAUCAUUGGUAGACAAGCCAGCUGCAUCAUGGGUACACCAUCGGAAUUUGGAAGGUGGAAAGAACAAAGAAAUGUAUGACCCCUUGCACAGAAACCCACUUUACUGUGGUGCUGACAGAACAACAUUGUGGGAGCUCGAAAAGCUGUCUUCACACUACCAUCCCUCAGUGGCCCUGUUUGCAAAGACCAUUCUGCAGGGGCAGUUCAUUCAGUAUACUGGGGACCCACUACAGGACUUCACUCUCAUGCGCUUCUUGGAUCGCUUCGUCUUCAGGAACCCCAAGCAGCUGAAGGGCAAGCAGAACACAGAUGCCAUAGUGAUGAAGCCAAAACAGAGGCAGUCCAUGAACAAUGUCCGCUCCCUCGCAGUCAAUUGUGAGGAGUACCUUGCCAAAGACGAGAAGCAAAUUCCUGUGGAUGAGAUCUUCUUUUAUCGGUUCUUCAAGAAGCGUGAGCAGGAGAAGCAGCGGAAGAAGCCGCGGGCCGAAGGAGACAACGAGAGCGUGGAGGAUGUGGAUGAUGACGAGUUUGAGAGGGCGCUUGAUUCAUAUGAAGGGGACAAUUACUUCCCUGACUUCAAGGACACUGACCUUGACUUUGCUGGCAACGUAAAGAAAAAGUCUGCAAAGAAGAAGGGUGAGGAAGCCUCAGACUCGGACCUGGAGUCAGACGAUGACGAUGGCCUGGAUGAUGAAGAGGUGUCUCUGGGUAGCAUGGAUGAGGAAGACUUUGGGGAUGAAUUAGAGGAGGAAGGAGGGGCUUUCAUGAAUAUGGGAGGAGAUGAUGAAGAUGAUGAUGACGACGACGCAGUGCCAGAACUGGAGGAGGGUGACUUUGAUGGAUUAGAAGACCUAGAUGAUGGCGAUGAUGAUGAUGAUGAUGAACCUCUAGAGGUCGCCAAACCACCCAAAAAGGGCAAGAGGAAAUCCUCCGAGGACCUGGACUUCUCUGAAACUCUGGAUUCAGGAUCCAAACCAGCGAAAAAGAAGAAGGGGAAGAAGGAUAGAGCUAUUUUUGCCACCGCUGAAGAGUUUGGGGAUCUGCUGGACGACAAUGCAGACUUUGAUAACACUGGCAUUAAUGCCAUGGCCAAUAAGGACAAAGCAAGCGUCAAACAGCUCAAAUGGGAGGCCAAGCGAGAUGACUGGAUGAAUGACCGAGAUGUGAAAACCCUUCGCAAGAAGAAGGCCACGUUCAAUAAGAAGAAGGCAUUUGGCAAACCCUGGAUGGGCAAGAGGAUGGGUGGGAAAAAGAAGAUGGGUGGAAAAAAAUAACCGCGGCACAAAUCAUGCCCACCUAAAACAUUAGGAGACUCCACAGGUUUUUUAUUUUGUUCUCCAACCAACCAUCUUUGGUGUCUAUUCCUUCUUGGCGGACCAGGCCUCUCUGUCUGUUUCCCGAAUCCCAUAGACUCCUGCCCACUCGUUGGACUUGUAGUAUGCUGCAGAAAGAAGGAGUGCCAUUUAUAGAGCAAAUCAUGUUCAACACAGCCUGUAUUUAACUAACAUGUUCCCCCUUUACAGGUAAAUUAAAGAGUGUUUGAUGUUUCUAUAACUGUAAAAAUAAACUUUUAAUAUUUCUUUUAA